UUUGAUGAGUAGGUGUUGUUAGUUUUAUUGGGGACUUCUUUCAUCCCUUCGCCGGAGUAACAGCUAAGGAACCUGAUACUUGCAGGAAAGGUAAGGCAGAGAGACAUUUACAGAGAUCAAGAAGGACACCAGUGAGACGCGGAGAGGGAGGUGCCCCGCUCCAGUUGUAGCAACCGAGAGCAGAGUUGCUCGGGCACCGAGACUGGGGGAAUCCGACAGAUGGAGUCUUCAAAAUGAGUGAAGACAAAGAAUCACUGCCAGGGUCAGUAGCAACAUUUGAAUAUCAAACGAUCUCCUUGACUGAAAAAAAAACUCCUUAUUUUAAAGAGGUGCUUCCGCCACAGCCAGCUAGGUGGUCAAAAACCAAACCAGAGUCCAUCAAACAACAGCCCCAUAUCAUUAACCAAAUCGCUGUGACCUGUCAGAUCAAGACCACCAGAAAACAAAAGGCUGAGGAACAGAAGAAGCGACGACUCAAGCAUGAACGUUAUAUGCAACUGUUCCAUAAAACAACUUAUGCCAUCCUUCUAAGUGUUUCAAAACCUCAAGAUAAACCAAGAACUGUUCACCCGGAGAAAGAACCUUUGAAGUGGCAGAGGUUGAUGCAUCUUAUAAAAAGUUUAAAUUCUACUGUUCUGCUUGAGAGGAAAGAUGCUGUCGAGACUCUGCAGUGUCUUCGAUGUAAAAAUCAGGAGGUUGUUUCUGCUCUUUAUACCACAUUACUGACGGAUGAAAACUCUACGGUGAGAAAUGAAGCUGCUAAAGCUCUGGUGAUCUUGGGUUACUGGAAGAAGGAGGUCGUACAGAAGUUAAUUCAACUUAUAAAGGAGUCUACAGGAGAGCCUCUGCAGGGCAUAUUGAUAAACUUGAGGAACUCGCUGUGGGAUUGGGCUACUCAACCCAUAAACCAGAGGCCCAAGAUCGAAGCUAAGGACAAGUUGGCUUCCGUGUUAAGAUCAUUCAUAUCAAAUCUGCGCUCCAAAGAUAUGGUUCCUGUGAAUGCUACAACCUGCCUGUGUUACCUCAACAGCAAUGAUGAAGAAGCUAUUGACUAUAUAAUGAGCUUCCUUUAUGAUGGCACCACCUACCAGAAGGAACAGGCUCUGGAAGUAGUGGUCAGAUUCCUCAAGAUACAUAAACAGUGUCAAAUCCAAGGUCUCGUGGAGCAGCUCCAAACCUCCCCUGUCUACAAGCACCGGUUGAAGGCAUUGGAUUUAUUAGCCUUUAUUGGAUCGUUGCAAGUCACACAGGCUGGCCUGCACCAGACUGUGCUCGAGGCACUGAAGCGGAAACUGUGGGAUGAUCCAGUUCUGGUUGUGCGUCGACGGGCUGCUCUGGUUGUAAACAUGCUGGGUAUGAAGUUGACAGUCUGGAAGGACAUGGAACAACAACUAAAAGACGAUGAUGCAGAGGUCAGAGGCAGUGCAGUCAUCUCACUGAGUGUACUGGGAUUACCUAACACCAGAGUGCUCCAGUUGCUGUUAGAGAUGGUGGAAGUAGACUUAAGUCAGUAUGUGCGAUUCCAGAUAAUACGGACCUUUGCUCAAUUGCGUCUGAAUGAUCCACAGGUAAAGCGCAGCCUGCUGAAUCGGCAGUUAGGAGAUGGACCCUUGGCCAGAGAGGCUCAAAAAGCAAUAAGAAGCCUUGAAAAUACACAGUAUCGGAAAGCGAAUCUUCCAUUUCCUGAUGCCAAAUAGGAGAAACACAACAGCACCUCAAGACACCAUGUUGGAACCCAAGACAUUAUAGUUACAGUGUGAGACACUGUACUGGAACCCAAGGCAAUAGUGCUUCACAACAUUAUACUUGUUACGAGUGACGAUAUACUGGCAUACUGCAAUAUUUCAUUGACUUUACAAGGCACUAUAUAGGAAUCCUGAAAUGACACACAGUAAUCCAAGACAUACAUUGACAACUCACAAAAAUACACUGGUGCUCUCAGGUGCUAUAUUGUGUAAAAUCAAUUUUGCAUGUGAUUUGGCUUGGUUGGUUCAGCCUCAGAACAAAACAAACUUGAAAUUUACAACUUUGAUAUUGAAAUCAUAUAGGUCCUCCUUCUAGCUGUGGUAACAUCCUGAAUAACAUGUGUCCAGAAGACCAUAAGACGUAGGAGCAGAAAUAGGCCAUGCAACCCAAUUGGUGUGCCCCACAAUACAAAGAGAUCAUGGCUGAUCUGUUAAUCUUUACUUUCUUGCCUUUGCCCUAUCACCCUUGAUUUUUCGAGAUAACAAGGUGUAGAGCUGGAUGAACACAGCAGGCCAAGCA